CCACGUGUGGGUUGCUGCCGGAGCUGAGUCGCAGGCCGGCGUUCGGGUUGGGUCCCGGUUGUGGCCGGAACCGUGGAGAUGCGGAAGGAGACCCCGCCGUCCCUGGUGCCCCCGGCGGCCCGCGAGUGGAACCUUCCCCCUAAUGCGCCCGCCUGUAUGGAACGGCAGUUGGAGGCUGCGCGGUACCGGUCCGAUGGGGCGCUUCUGCUCGGGGCCUCCAGUCUGAGCGGCCGCUGCUGGGCCGGCUCCCUCUGGCUUUUUAAGGACCCUUGCGCCGCCCCCAACGAAGGCUUCUGCUCCGCCGGGGUCCAGACGGAGGCCGGAGUGGCCGACCUCACUUGGGUAGGGGACCGAGGCAUCCUGGUGGCUUCCGAUUCAGGUGCUGUGGAACUGUGGGAGCUGGAUGAGAAUGAGACACUUAUUGUCAGCAAGUUCUGCAAAUAUGAGCAUGACGACAUUGUGUCUACAGUCAGCGUCCUGAGCUCUGGCACACAAGCUGUCAGCGGUAGCAAAGACUUCUGCAUCAAGGUUUGGGACCUUGCUCAGCAGAUGGUACUGAAUUCAUACCGAGCUCACGCUGGACAGGUCACCUGUGUUGCUGCAUCUCCUCACAAGGACUCUGUGUUUCUUUCAUGCAGUGAGGAUAACAGAAUUUUACUCUGGGAUACCCGCUGUCCUAAGCCAGCAUCGCAGAUGGGCUGCAGUAACUCUGGCUACCUUCCUACCUCACUGGCUUGGCAUCCUCAGCAAAGCGGAGUCUUUGUCUUUGGUGAUGAGAAUGGGACUGUCUCCCUUGUGGACACCAAGAAAGCAGACUGUGCCCUCAGCUCCACUGUGCACUCCCAGUGUGUCUCUGGGCUGGUCUUCUCCCCACACAGGUACUGUCCUGGAAACCUUUCACAUCCCUCUCCUCCCUCUCUUAGUGUUCCCUUCCUGGCCUCUCUCAGUGAAGACUGCUCACUUGCUGUGCUGGACUCAAGGCUUUCCCAGGUGUUUAGAAGCCGGGCCCACAGAGACUUUGUGAGAGACGCUACUUGGUCCCCGCUCAAUCACUCCCUCCUCACCACGGUGGGCUGGGACCAUCAGGUCAUCCACCACAUUGUGCCCACGGAACCUCUUGCAGCCCCUGGACCUGAGAGUGUUGUUGAGUAAAUCAGAUUUAAGGCAGAACCAAGUCCCCCAUGAUGAUUCACUUCUUAGCCCCUGCCCCCAGCUUGGAGACAACCUAGGAGCCAUCCACAUUACGUCGAGAUGCUAGACCUCUGCAGUCAGUAGGUGUUGUCUCGCAGUCUGAGGGAGGCUGGACUCGGGGCCUGAAGUCACACAGAGGAGAAUCUUUCUUAAAAAUGGAUGUGUACACGUGUCUGAGUGUGUGUAGAUCUAUAGUUUUUAGUGGUGGGGAAUUUAAAAAACUCACCCCACAUUUUUCUUGAGCAUCGUCCCUCCCUUCCACCCAAAAAAGUUGACAGAAGGCCUUUGUGCUUUCUCUGUAGCUGCCGACAGGGAGUUGGCCAGGUCUAGGUGGGGUGUGGAAAGUGUUCAUCCCUGGAUUCUUGGAAACGGCUCUUGUGCUACUUAGAGAUAGGAUCGAUUUUGUUUUUUUUAUAGGGCUUAAUUUUAUCACAGGAAAUGCUUCCAGUCAUAGAAAUCCAGCCCAGCUCACUUUGAGAAAGAGGGAGGACGUGCCACAGUUUACAUAACUCCUCGCCACUAAACUGAGUCAGAAAUCUUUCUGACUGGUGCCUGUGUAACGUCCCUUUCCCACUCCCCAGUGGCAUUGUGUGUGUGAGGGAGGAGGGUUUUCCUGUCAUCGAUGCCAUAGAGAAAAGUAUGGGCAUGACAGAGAGCUUCAAGACCUUCCAGUUAAGACAGAAGAUGGACAUAGGCUGUUACAGAGAAACCCUGCCACUUCUACCACAGAAUGUCCUGGGUCCUGACCUUUUCUGCCCUGAGCCCCGUUAGACGUAGAAAGUGUGAAUGCUAUAUUUGUAGACUCCUAAGAUUUUGAAAUGCAGCAUCAGUAAGAGAAUCAGAAAUGCUGGUUGGUGAAAUAAAGAGUUUUGGCAUUGUU